GGGACCUCGGAUUCCGGGGAGGGCCUAGAGGUGAGGCGAAGGCAGGACAAGUGUUGCCGAGGAGGCAGGGGCCGUGUCUCGUCUUCUCAGUCCGCAAACGCUGUGGUCUUGAGAGUUCAGGUUUCUCCUUGGUCCUUCGGUUCACCCGCCGGCGUCCCCAGAUAAAUCAGAAGAUUCACCAUCGCUUCUAUGGCUGCCUCACAAACCUCACAGACUGUUGCAUCUCAUGUUCCUUUUGCAGAUUUAUGUUCAACUUUAGAACGAAUACAGAAAAGUAAAGGGCGUGCAGAAAAAGUCAGACACUUCAAAGAAUUUUUAGAUUCUUGGAGAAAAUUUCACGAUGCCCUUCAUAAGAACCAAAAAGAUGUCACAGAUUCUUUUUAUCCAGCCAUGAGACUUAUUCUUCCUCAGCUGGAAAGAGAGAGAAUGGCCUAUGGAAUCAAAGAAACUAUGCUGGCUAAGCUUUAUAUUGAAUUGCUUAACUUGCCUCGAGAUGGAAAAGAUGCCCUUAAACUUUUGAACUAUAGAACACCGACUGGAACCCGUGGAGACGCUGGAGACUUUGCGAUGAUUGCAUACUUUGUAUUGAAACCCAGAUGUCUACAGAAAGGAAGCCUAAGCAUUCAGCAAGUAAAUGACAUUUUAGACUCCAUCGCCAGCAAUAAUUCUGCCAAAAGGAAAGACUUAAUGAAGAAGAGUGUUCUUCAGCUUAUAACUCAGAGUUCAGCACUUGAACAAAAGUGGCUGAUACGGAUGAUUGUCAAGGACCUAAAGCUUGGCUGUAGUCAGCAAACUAUAUUUUCUGUUUUUCACAGUGAUGCUGCUGAGUUGCAUAAUGUCACCACAGAUCUGGAGAAGGUCUGUAGGCAACUGCACGAUCCUUCAGUGGGACUCAGUGACAUUUCGAUCACCUUAUUCUCUGCCUUUAAACCCAUGCUGGCCGCUAUAGCAGAUAUCGAGCGAAUUGAGAAGGACAUGAAACACCAGAGUUUCUACAUCGAAACCAAGCUGGACGGCGAGCGGAUGCAGAUGCACAAGGAUGGGGAUGUGUACCGGUACUUCUCUCGCAAUGGGUAUAACUAUGAGGACCAGUUUGGUGCUUCCCCACAGGAAGGGUCCCUCACACCAUUCAUUCAUAAUGCAUUCAAAAUAGAUGUGCUGAACUGUAUCCUCGAUGGUGAGAUGAUGGCCUACAACCCUAACACACAGACUUUUAUGCAAAAGGGGAAUAAGUUUGAUAUCAAAAGAAUGGUGGAAGAUUCUGAGCUGCAGACUUGUUAUUGUGUUUUUGAUGUGUUGAUGGUUAAUGAUAAAAAGCUAGGACAUGAGACCCUGAGAAAGAGGUAUGAAAUUCUUAAUAGUGUUUUCACACCCAUACCAGGUAGGAUAGAAAUAGUGCAGAAAACACAAGCUCAUACCAAGAAAGAAGUAAUUGAUGCUUUGAAUGAAGCGAUAGAUAAAAGAGAAGAGGGGAUCAUGGUAAAACACCCGCUGUCCAUUUACAAGCCGGAUAAAAGAGGUGAAGGAUGGUUAAAAAUUAAACCAGAGUAUGUCAAUGGACUGAUGGAUGAGCUGGACAUCUUAAUCAUUGGGGGCUACUGGGGGAAGGGUGCCCGGGGUGGGAUGAUGUCUCAUUUUUUGUGUGCUGUGGCGGAGAAGCCCCCUUCUGGUGAAAAACCCUCAGUGUUUCAUACUCUGUGUCGCGUUGGCUCGGGUUACACCAUGAAAGAACUGUAUGACCUGGGUUUGAAGUUGGCCAAACACUGGAAGCCUUUUCAUAGGAAAGCCCCACCAAGCAACAUUCUGUGUGGAACAGAGAAGCCAGAGGUGUACAUCGAGCCUUGCAAUUCAGUCAUUGUUCAGGUUAAGGCCACAGAGAUCGUCCCCAGUGACAUGUAUAAAACCGGCUGCACGUUGCGUUUUCCACGGAUUGAGAAGAUAAGAGAAGACAAAGAAUGGUAUGAAUGUACAUCCCUGGAGGACUUAGAGCAACUUCGAGGGAAAGCCUGUGGAAAGCUCGCAUCCAAACACCUUUACAUGGGUGGCGAUGACGAACCACAAGAGAAAAAGCGGAAAGCUGCCCCAAAGAUGAAGAAAGUCAUUGGAAUUAUCGAGCACCUAAAAGCUCCCAACCUUUCUAACGUAAACAGGGUUUCUACUGUGUUUGAAGACGUGGAGUUUUGUGUCAUGAGUGGAACCAGCAGUCAUCCCAAGCCUGACCUGGAGAACAGAAUCGCCGAACUGGGUGGUUACAUAGUACAGAAUCCAGGCCCAGACACGUACUGUGUGAUCGCAGGGUCUGAGAACAUUCGAGUGAAGAAUAUCAUCUCUUCAGAUAAACACGAUGUCGUCAAGCCAGAGUGGCUGCUAGAGUGUUUUAGGACCAGAAGCUGUGUGCCCUGGCAACCCCAUUUCAUGAUCCACAUGUGCCCGUCAACAAAGCACCACUUUGCCCAGGAAUACGACCAAUAUGGGGAUAGUUACUUUGUCGACACAGAUUUGCACCAACUGAAGGAAGUCUUUUCAGGAAUUAAAAAUGCUGGUGAGCAGACUCCUGGGGAGAUGAGUCCUGUGAUUGCUGAUUUGGAACACAGGUAUUCCUGGGCCAGUGCACCUCUUAGCUUGUUUAGACACCACACCGUUUAUUUGGACUUGUAUGCUGUCAUCAAUGACUUAAGUACCAGAAUCAAGGGAGCUAGGUUAGCCAUCACAGCCUUGGAACUUCGAUUUCAUGGAGCGCAGGUAGUUUCUUGUUUGGCUGAGGAGGUGUCUCACGUGAUUGUUGGGGAGGACCAGAGUCGGGUUGCAGACUUGAAAGCUAUCCGAAGGACUCUUAAGAGGAAGUUUAAAAUCUUACAAGAACGUUGGGUCACUCUGUCAAUAGACAAGUGUGAAUUACAGGAGGAAAAUCGAUAUUUGGUCUGAAGCUGGCUUUCCUAGUGAGGCAAGCCUCAGAUCUGACCAACUCAUUACAACAGAUUAUCAUGAUAAAAUGUUAAACUAUGUUUUAUUUUCAUCUUUUAAAAAUCUGCAUAAAAAGUAUUACUAGAUACAGUCAUCAUAACUUUAGAUAUAGAAAAGACACCCAGUAGCCCAAUGUCAAGAAAGAAAAUUUUUUAGCAGUGUAGUAUUUCAUUAUUUUUAUGACCAAGAUGAAAUAAAAAGUUUAACAUUAUAGUAUCGUUAUACAAAUAUAAAAUUUUGACUCAUAUUAACAAAAUAGAUUUUAACAAAAUAGAUUUAGAAGCUUUUAGUCCUUUUAGUGACCUAAACAGGAUUUUCUGAAGUCAAAUAAAAUUUUUAAUAAUGGUUUUUGUCUAAUAAAAGCAUUGCAAGAAAAAUAUUAGUUGGCAUAUUUGGAUUUGUGAAUACAUCUUUUUAAGUUGAAGGCUAAAAUUCCUCUUUUAAAUGUGAAAGGUGAACAAGUUUAUUUUUUAAGGUUAAGUCAGGCUCACGAAUAAAAUACCUUGUUAAUCAUCAGGAUGGGUAUGCAUAGUCAUGUUCGAGUCUUAACAACCCCAUGGACUGUAGCCUGCCAGGCUCAUCUGUCCAUGGGAUUUUCCAGGCAAGAAUAUGGGAGUGGGUUGCCAUUUCCUCCAAGGAAUCUUCCCAACCCAGGACUUGAACCCAUGUCUUCCACAUCCCCUGCAUUGGCAGGCGGAUUCUUUACCAUUGCACCACCUUAAGAGCACCUUGUUAAUUAUGUUAUUAGCUAAAUCAGGGGAGACUGAGUAAUGGUCUAAAAACUUAAAAGUUAGAUCAGUUUGAUUUUUUAAUUCUCUUGCAAUUUUAAAUGUACUUGGCCUACACUUAAUUUUUUUUUCUAAAAUAGAGCAUAUUUUAAAGAAAAUAUUUUUAUAUGAAUUUGUACUUCAGUAUAAAUAGUAUUCACAAAGAGUGGUUUUCCCACAUAUGGCCCAUUGGAAAGGUAUUGGAAUGGUAUGUGUGUUGUAGCUUUCUCUACAGAGAAGUAAAUUGCUUUGAUUUUUUUAAAUAACUUAUUUUUUCUUAGAUUAUUUAAAGUAUGUAGUAUGUGCAAAUAUAAAUAUAUUAUGUCUGGAUUUAUGUACCAAAUAUGUAAAACCAAAAUAUACCAAAUUUUGGAAUGCAGCCUAUACAUUUUGAAAAAUAUGUUUCAUGACAUCAGUUAAAUACUUGGAAUUUAGUACUUGAGAAACUGUGUGUAGAUUGUUUGUAAGUAGUUAUUUUAUCCAAACAGAGGAACAAAUGUAUGUUAUUUUGUUGUAUUUCUUAAUUUAAAUAAAAUAUUUAAUUUGCUAU